CUUGUUUAUGCCCUAGCAGCAGGUAGUGUUACUGGUUAUGUCUUUCCUGAUUGCGAAGGUGGACCUCUAGCAAGCAACGCAAUCUGCAACACUGCUCUUGACCCCAUUACGCUGGCAACUUCCUCGGUCAAGCUGUUCACUGUUCCAGAGCUGAUUAAUAAUACUGUCAACAGGUCUCCUGGGGUUCCUCGUCUGGGUUUGCCAGCGUAC